GCGGAGCAGGCGCCAACCGCCCGGGGCGCGGCGGGAGGAGGCGCGAGGCGGCAGGUGGUGUCCCUCGAGCUGCGGCGGGGUCAUGAUCGACUCAGUGAAGCUGCGGCGCGAUUGCGCGGCCGACUUCUUCUCGCACUACGAGUACCUGUGCGCGCUGCAGGACUCGGUGCCGCUGCCCGCCGUGCGCUCCUGCCUGCGGGACGGCGUGCUGGACUUCAAUGCCGAUCGGCUGCGCAUGGUGGACUGGGCGCCGCUGCUCAGCACGCUCAGGGUGAACCGCGACCUGCCGCUGGUGGCCAUCAAGAGCUCCUUCCAGCCCUGGCUCGGGGAGACAGAUUCUGAUACACACAGAGUUUGCAGAAACCGGGUUCCUGCGGUAAGAUCCAAGGAUGUGAGUUUCCAGUUAUGUAAGGCUCUUAAAGGCUGCCUGAGUUCAUCAAGUGUGCUAAGAAAUCUGGAGCUAAAUGGGCUGGUCCUGAGAGAGAGGGAUUUGGCUGUUCUAACAAAGGGAUUGAGUAAAUCGGCCUCUCUGGUACACCUGUCUCUUGCCAAUUGUCCAAUUGGAGAUGGAGGCUUAGAAAUUGUUUGUCAGGGGAUAAAGAACUCUGUCACUCUCAAGACCGUCAACUUCACGGGAUGUAAUCUGACAUGGCAAGGCGCCGGUCACAUAGCCAAGAUCUUAAAGUACCAGACCAUGAGAAGGCACGAAGAAACCUGGGCUGAGAGUCUUCGCUACAGGAGACCCGAUUUUGACGGCAUGGCUGGCUUAAGGCGCAUCACGCUGAAUUGCAACACGCUGAUCGGUGACCAGGGUGCAAGUGCUUUUGCAGACUCUCUUAGUGAGGAUUUGUGGCUUAGAGCGCUUGACCUGCAGCAGUGUGGCCUCACCAGUGAAGGAGCCAAGGCUUUAUUGGAGGCCCUCGAGACCAACAGAACCCUGGUCGUUCUGGAUAUAAGAAAAAACCCACUUAUCAACCAUUCUGUGAUGAAAGCCGUUAUCAAAAAAGUUCUCCAGAAUGGAAGGAGUGCCAAGUCAGAGUACCAGUGGAUAACGUCCCCAUCAGUGAAGGAGCCGCCGAAAACCGCUAAGCAGAGAAAGAGAACGAUUGUCCUUGGAAACAGUCGGAAAGGAAAAGCUACCAUUAGAAUUGGGUUAGCAGCAAAGAAACCUGUGAGUAACGGGAGAAAGCAGGGGCUCAGUAAUGACGGCUACGCCCCGGAGUCUCUGCCGCCGCCGGGGGUGUCUGGCUUCCUGCCGUGGCGCACUGCGGAACGUGCAAAAAGAAGCAGGGGUUUUCCAUUAUACAGAACUCGUGAUGUAUCUAAUCAUCUGAAGCAAUCAGAUUUUCCUGUGACUGUGACGGUAGAGAGUCCUUCAUCCUCAGAAACUGAUGAGGUUGAAGAUUCCUCAGAAAGUGUCCACGAAGAACCUCAGAAAACCAGCAUCAGACAAGAAACAUUACAGGAGAAACUGGAGGAAUGCCUAGUGCAGUUAAAGGAGGAAAGAGUGAGCCGGCUUAAGGCUGACAAGCGAGUCAGUGAGCUGGAACAUGAAAAUGCUCAGCUAAGAAAUAUAAAUUUCUCCUUGUCUGAAGCCCUUCAUGCACAGUCGUUGACAAACAUGAUCCUGGAUGAUGAAGGUGUCUUGGGCAGCAUUGAGAAUUCUUUUCAGAAGUUUCACGCUUUCCUGGACCUCCUUAAAGAUGCUGGGCUUGGGCAGCUUGCCACUAUGGCUGGUAUAGAUCAGUCAGAUUUCCACUUGCUAGGUCGCCCUCAGAUGAAUUCCACCGUUAGUGCACCUGUGGAAGAACAGAGAGCCCUCGAGGAAGAAAAGCUAGAUCCGAAGCAGACUGCUGUAGGACAAAUGCAGAACAUCCAAGUCUCUAUCUGUAUGCAGUCAGCUUACAAUGAAGGGACACUGAUGAAGUUUCAGAAGAUUAGAAGUGAUGCUAGGAUUCCUUUGCCUCUCGACACCUUCCAAGUUCCCGUUUCUACACCAGCAGCAUUGUUAGCUUCCAGAGCCAACCCUGAGCGGCAGGAGGGGUCUGCAGCAGGACUCACUGCUAAAACAGCCUCUCCUUCAGCAGAUGGCGGUUCUGGAAGUGGGAGUCAAAGGGAAGACGUGGUGUCUUCCAAACACAGCAGAUCUUCAGAGAAAGGGAGCAUGACGAACGAAUACUCCAGAAAGCUCUCCUCUGAGAAACACUCCAGCAAAGACCCCCUUUCCGACCCUGACUCUCCUGUGAACUCAAAAAGCAAAGGAAUCGGGGACAAAAGGUCUUUGCUUAAUGAGCCAGUUAAAAGCGAAUCUUUGAAAAACCACAUUUCUGUCAAGAAAGAAAACAGAAUAAUGACUGUCUCAUCCAAGACAAUCAAAAGUAAACCCAAUCCUCUAGAACAUUCUGAAAGUGAUACCCUUGGGUCUGAUUUUGAAUGUCAGGAAAACAUCCAUUCAUCAGCACACCUGACAUAGGUCUAACCUUUGAAAUUAUGAAUUUGCCUUCAAAUUUUAAUAAAUUUUCUUAUGUUUUUA